AAACAAGUCUGCGGCGACACCAUAUACACUACGUACAUACGACCUACGGUAUGAAGGUCAUUCACGAUCGACGAUCUACGAAGAAAGGAAACAAGAAAGAAAGAGCACGUAGAAGCCAGAAAUCGCCCUAGUGAAGUAGCCGAUUCGCCGCAAUUCUGUUUCAGGUUCGCCGGUGAAGAAGACCCAGUUGUACACCAAACUGCCGGUUUGGUUACACGUUGAGGAAGAGAACAAUGGCGGGUUCACGAGGUGCACCAGGAUUGCGGGUUCGUCAUGCCGCCGCAGGAUUUCUGGACUAGCUAUUACGAAGUAUAUUCUAACGCCGGAAACGCUGAGAAGGCCUACUGGUCUAUGACGGCGACGCCUUGCCGCUGAUCGCUGGGUCGCCGUAAACUCUUCCCUGGUUCUGCCGUCUGACGGUUCCCGGUCGCGGGAUUACAUGAGGAAGAAAAAGGUGAAUUUGGAGAAGACUGAGGUAGAAGCUUCGAUUAGGAGUUAUCGUGAUUUGAGGUGACGCUUGAUGAUCAUGUUGAUUUCGAGAGAGCUUCCGCUAGAAAAUGUAAUUAGUAGAUAACAUCGUAGUUUAAUUUAAUUUUCAAGACACUUAUUGAGUUUAAUUUUUUCUGUGGUGAUUAGCUUGUGCACUCGGUUAGGUUAGAGUCGAGUGUGACGGUAACACUCAUAUUUCCCUUUUUGGUUUUCCGCUGCAUAACUCUGAUGUUUUCAAAUAAAGUUGAUAUUUCUUUUGAAUAAAGUAUUAUUUUUGGGUGGGAAAUUUGGGGGUGUUACACACCGCCCCGGUUGGUAAUGUGCAUCCAAUGCAAACCCGGUCUAAAUCCGGUAUUUUUAAACCAAAAACUAUUUUUUUUACUUUAAACACAGUUGUUAGCACACUUGUUUUUCUAACCACUUGUUUUUCUAUAGCAAAUAAACAUCUCAAGUGGAGAACCGCUAUGGCUGAGGAAUUUCAUGCCCUUAUCUCUAAUAAUACAUGGGAUUUAGUACCAUUUGAUGCUAAAAUAAAUGUGGUUGGGUCAAAAUGGGUCUGUGGAACGCUACAAAGCAAGGUUAGUUGCUCAGGGGUUGAAUCAGCAGGCAUGUAUUGAUUUUACUGAAACAUUUAGUCCUGUUGUUAAACCCACUACUGUUCGUCUUGUACUUACCUUAGUUGUGUCUUUUGAUUGGCCCAUUCGCCAACUUGAUGUUAAAAAUGUCUUUCUUCAUGGUAAUUUAACUGAGGAAGUAUAUAUGCGUCAGCCUCCAGGUUUUGUUCAUCCUCAGUUUCCCCAUCAUCUGUGUCGGCUUCGUAAAGCCAUUUAUGGUCUUAAACAAGCACCCUGUGCAUGGUUUCACCGUUUUAACAGUUUUCUUCUCUCUCAUGGUUUUGCUUGCAGCCGGUCUGAUAAUUCUUUGUUUAUUUUUCGACGUAAUUCUGGUAUUAUUUACCUGCUACUUUAUGUUGAUGAUAUCAUUGUUACAUGUAAUUCUCUUAAACUAGUUAAUCAUUUUUUAUCUCUAUUGAAUAAAUGCUUUUCCAUGAAGGACUUGGGAGAUUUACAUUUUUCCCUUGGCAUUCAGGCUUCUUGUACUCUCUCUGGUCUGUUUCUUUCUCAGCAAAAAUAUAUAUCUGAUCUUCUUCAUUGUUUUUAUCUCCAUACUUUAAAACCUGUACGUUCACCUCUUCCUAGUCUUACUAAACUUUCCCUUACUGAUGGAGAGCUCCUAGCUGAUGCCACGGAGUACAAGAGUAUGGUAGGUGCAUUACAGUAUUUGACUUUGACUAGACCAGAUAUUACUUUUGUUGUACACCUGGUUUCUCAGUUUAUGCAUGCCCCACACACUUCACAUAUGUUGGCUGUUAAGCGUGUUUUUUAGGUAUCUCUAGGGAACAUCCACUCAUCGUCUCCUCUUACAAUCUUCGCGCGGCUCUACAGAGGUCAUUGCUUAUUCUGAUGCUGAUUGGGCUGAAUGUCCUGACACAGGCAGAUCUACUUCAAGUUAUGCGAUUUUUCUGGGACCCAAUCUUAUCUCCUGACGGUCAACGAAGCAGCUCAGUGUCUCCCGCUCUUCCACAGAAGCUAAAUAUAGAGCCAUAGCUUACACAGUGCAGGAUACUCUUCACAUACGAUCAGUGCUGUUUGAAUCGGGCUUUCCUGUUCGCGUUCCGACUACUCUGUACUGUGAUAAUGUAUCUGCUUCCUAUCUGUCUGUUAAUCCUAUCCAGCAUGCCAGGAGUAAGCAUAUUAAUAUUGACUGACACUUUGUUCGUGAACGAGUUGCUCAUGAUGAUCUACGGGAUAAGUAUGUUCCCACACAGGCUCAGCUGGCAGAUAUUUUUACUAAGUGUUUGUCGCCACAACGUUUUACUCUUCUUCGUGACAAUCUGCGCAUUGUUUCCCCUGCACAGUUUGAGGGGGUGUAAUAGAGUAGAAUUAUUAUUAUUUAUUAUUGUGGGACUUAUAUUGUAAUAUUGAACUCUUUCUAUCAUAAAUAUAUCUGCCAGGGCUACC